CAUUUCACAUACUUCGGCGUGCUCAUGACGUCUCCUUCUGUGCACGUCUCAAAAAAAGAAAUUGAGAUAUUAGCAUACAUUUCUGUGAUUGGCUGUAGCGUGUCUCUCUUUACUCUGAUCAUCACCGUUUUACUCUUCAUCACAAACAGGACGCUCAGAAAAGAUGUUUCUAUGAACAUCCACAUCAAUCUCGUCAUCGCCCUGAUCCUCCUCAACCUGCACUUCCUGCCCAGUCAGGCAGUGGCAGCACACCCCUCCACUUGGCUCUGUUUCUACAUGGCUCUUGCCCUUCACUACUCCCUGUUGGCCACUUUCACCUGGAUGGCCUUGGAGGGGUUCCACCUCUACCUUCUCUUAGUCAAAAUCUUUAACAUUUCUGUCAGCAGAUACAUUCUCAAACUCAGUGUGGUGGGAUGGGGUGUUCCUGCAGUCAUUGUGUCAGUGGUGGUUAUCACAGACAGAGGCUUUUAUGGCCAUGUCCCUCUAGACAGAUCAAACUAUGAUGACAUGAAAAUAUGCUAUAUAUCUAAUGAAACAGUGAAGGCGGUCACUACUACUGGACUGUUCACCAUGGUGUUCCUCUUUAACAUGAUCAUGUUUAUGGUGACAGUCAAACGUGUUUUGAAUGUUGGGUAUAACAAAGAGCUUCGCCACAAAAACGCCAAGCAAGCAAUUUUUCCCCUGCUGGGUGUCUGCGCUCUGCUCGGCAUUACCUGGGGCCUGGUCUUCUUCUCGUUCAGUAACCUGACCAACAUUUCCCUCUACCUUUUCUGUCUCCUGAACUCACUGCAAGCGAGCCCUGAUGCUGAGAAAUGUAUGAACUAUAAAGUCAACCUUUCAGGAACUGGAGGCUAUGCAAACACUAUCAAGGACUUGGAGAACAUAGAAAAGACUCUUGAGAACAUAAAUAUAAAUGCGACUAUAUCGAUAUCAUUUGGAAAUAUUGUGGCUCUCCUGUUUAUACCGACUGCUCCCUUCAAAAGCGUUACACUUCAUGCCAGUGACAGCCAAGCAGGCUUGAAGAAUGUCUCCAAUACGACAGUCAGUGUUGAACUCCCGGAAGAACUGAACCUUGGACCAACGAACAUGAUUGUGUUCUCCAACCUUAAGCUCCCUGAAACAAACAAGAGUGAUCCUGGAGCCUUAUUUGAAGUUUAUGAUAGACGAAUGAUAAUCCUGAGUGUGAAGGGCAAGAACAUAUCGGGACUUCGGCAACCUGUCAACAUCACCAUGAAAUUUAACCAGAAUAUAAUUCAAACCCAGAGACCCUCCUGUCAUUUCUUAAAUUUUUCAACAAACAAUUUUAGUACAGAUGGAUGCCACACCAUUUGGACACAUGAUCAGAGUAAUGUCACAUGUUCCUGUAACCAUUUCACAUACUUCGGUGUGCUCAUGGUUUCUGCUUCGUCUGGGGGGGAUGCUGUUCUUUCAAAAAAAGACAUGGAAAUACUAUCAUACAUUACAAUAAUUGGCUGUAGCUUUUCUCUUGUUGCCCUGGUCAUCACCGUUUUACUUUUCAUCACAAACAGGACACUCAGAGAAGAUCUUUCUAUGAACAUCCACAUCAAUCUCGUCAUCGCCCUGAUCCUCCUCAACCUGCACUUCCUGCCCAGUCAGGCAGUGGCAGCACACCCCUCCACUUGGCUCUGUUUCUACAUGGCUCUUGCCCUUCACUACUCCCUGUUGGCCACUUUCACCUGGAUGGCCUUGGAGGGGUUCCACCUCUACCUUCUCCUAGUUAAAAUCUUCAACAUUUCUGUCAGCAGAUACAUUUUCAAACUCAGUGUGGUGGGAUGGGGUGUUCCUGCAGUGAUUGUGUCAGUGGUGGUGAUCAUAGACAGAAGCUUUUAUGGCCAUGUCCUUCUAGACAAGUCAAACCAUGAUGACACUAAAAUAUGCUAUAUAUCGAAUGAAAUAGUGAAGGUGGUCACUACCACUGGACUGUUCACCAUGGUGUUCCUCUUUAACAUGACCAUGUUUAUGGUGACAGUCAAGCGUGUUUUGAAUGUUGGGUAUAACAAAGAGUUUGGGCAGCUUCACCAUAAACAGGUCAGGAAAGCAAUUUGCGCCCUGCUGGGUGUCAGCGUUCUGCUCGGGAUUACUUGGGGCCUGGUUUUCUUCUCAUUUGGUUACCUGACCACUGUUGCCCUCUACCUCUUCUGUGUUCUGAACUCCCUGCAAGGGUUCUUCAUCUUCCUGUGGUUUGUGAAGUCACUGAGAAAGGGUAAAAGCUCUGCCCCUAAGAUAAGCAGUGAAGCAACUUCCCCCAACAGAAAGCUUAACAAAAACUAACAGCUCAGGAACUGAGUUGUUGGAAUUUUUGUCUGAUAUUAUUAUUUCUGCUUUAGGUUGUUUACAGCGACUGAUUUUUUAAUUAUUUAAAUGAAUGUGAUAUUUGUGAAAUUUUUAAAGGCACUAUUUAAAUGUUAUGUUUGAUGCUUUGUGAUUAUAACAGACUCUACAUCCAGUGUAAAAUAGGGCACUUCUGGGAGUGAAAGUUAUAAAUGCUGAUAUGAUGCAUCUUCAUUCAUUUUGUGUGUGAACCAACUGCCAUUGGUUUCAGUAGCCUGAGUAAUUUUGAUACUGUCAUGCAGAUUACACCAUCACUGUUGUGUUUUGCUGUAUACUUAUAUCCUAUUUCAUGUGAUAUUUGAAAUAUCUUUCCU